UAUCUAUCCAUUUAUAUAUCUUCAUGCGUUGACCUGAAACUCUGAAGAGAAGACUCUAAUUUUCUGUUUCGUGCUCGCUCAGCCUCGGCCUCAGUCUCAGUCUCAGGCUCAGGCUCUGGCUUGGCCUCAGUCUCAGGCUCAGGCUCAGGCUCUGGCUCUGCCCAACCUACAGCUACAGGAGAGUCAAACAACAACGCUCUUCAAAGUUCAAAACUCCCCCAAUUGACACUGCCACCUCCUCACCUGAGCCUCGCCCAGUUGCGAUUAUGAGUUCAGUGGUGGUGGCCGUCAAAGGCGUUGCCGGCGGAGCUGGUGGCAAAGCAAGCCGACGCGCCGUUCGUUGGGCGGUCGAGAAUCUCAUGCCCGAAUCCGGUCGGUUCAUAUUGGUCCACGUCAUGCCCAAAAUCACUUAUAUACCGACUCCAUCAGGAGAGCCUAUGCCUAUUGAAGAACUGGAUGAGAAUGUGGUGGCGAUGUACGUGGACGAUAUGAGAGUAAAGUUUGAAGAAGUCUUUGUACCAUUCAAGAAACUAUGCAAGACAAGAAAGAUGGAAACCCUGGUGCUGGAAGAUGAUGAUCCUGCAGCGGCACUUCUUAGAUAUAUAUCUGAGGCGGGGAUUACGAGUUUAGUGUUGGGUUCUUGCUCUUCAAAUUUCAUAGCGAGGAGAUUAAAGGGGCCAGGGAUACCAACAACUAUCCUAAAAUGUGCUACCAGCAUUUGCAAUGUUUAUGUUGUUUCUAGAGACGAAAUCAUCAAUAAACCAGCUGACACCCCAUCUGCUAAUGAGAGCUGUAUGCACACAAGUUAUACUCAAAGAGAUUAUGGAGAAGGUUCCAGUGAUAUUAAUAAUCAAAUAUCUUUGCUUCAUUCUCCCAUCGUAGAAUCCAAUGUUCACGGCAGCUUUGAAGCAACAUCAAUAUCACUACCUAGUUACCAAAAUUCUCUAGACUUCGCACAUGUGGAUUCUUCAAUAUAUGCUAAUGAAGAUCAGGAAAGAAAUCUUCUCAACUUAGUAGGUGACUUUGAAUCUAUUAACACUAAGAGCUGCAAUUCCUUCUCUACAAAAUCUGAGCAGUCUGAAGUAGAACAACUGCAAAUUGAAAUUCAAAAUACGGUUGUCAUGUACAAACGAGCUUGUGAAGAGCUGGUUCAUGCUCAAAACAAAGUCCAGAUAAUUUCUUCUGCAUGCCUUGAGGACGCUAGAAGAGUGAAUGAUGCCCUAGAAAGAGAAGAAACUUUGAGGAAAAUUGCUGCUGAAGAGAAAGCCAAGUAUUUGAAAGCUAUGGAAGAGGUUGAGGAGGCAAGAAACUUGCUUGCUAAAGAGGCUUAUGAAAAGAAGCUAGCCGAAGUGGAUGCCUUAAGAGAGUCCAUGGAGAAACAGAAAAUUGUUGAUGCACUAUUCUCUAGUGACAGGAGGUACAGGAGGUAUACAAGGGAUGAAAUAGAGGCAGCAACAGAUUUGUUCUCUGAGAGUAAUGUGAUUGGCGAAGGUGGGUACGGGAAAGUUUACAAGUGCAGCCUUCAUCACACCCCAGUAGCUGUUAAAGUUCUAAGGCCUGAUGCAAUUGAAAAGAAGCAGGGGUUUUUGAAAGAGGAGUUUCUGAAAGAGGUUGAAGUUCUAAGCCAGCUACGCCAUCCGCACUUGGUGUUGCUGCUUGGAGCCUGUCCUGAGACUGGUUGCCUGGUCUAUGAAUAUCUUGAAAAUGGAAGCUUGGAGGAAUAUCUUUUCCACCAAAAUGGAAAACCACCACUUCCUUGGUUUGUUCGGUUCCAAAUAGUUUUUGAAGUAGCUUGUGGGCUUGCAUUCUUACAUAACUCAAAGCCAGAUCCAAUUGUUCAUCGAGAUUUAAAACCGGCUAAUAUCUUGUUAGACAGAAAUUAUGUGAGCAAAAUUGCUGAUGUUGGGCUGGCUAAACUCAUCUCUGAUGUUGUGCCUGACAACAUCACUGAAUACAAUGAAUCACUUAUUGUUGGUACACUCUACUACUUGGACCCAGAGUAUCAGAGAACCGGCACCGUCCGACCCAAAUCAGAUGUAUAUGCGUUUGGAAUUAUAAUCCUCCAAUUGUUAACAGAUUGUCACCCAAAUGGACUUAUAAUGACUGUAGAAAACGCCAUUAUGAAUGGCUCCCUCCCUCGCAUUCUAGAUAAGUCGGUUAAAGAUUGGCCACUUGCUGAAACAGAGGAAUUAGCUCGAAUUGCACUUAAGUGUUCAAAGCUUAGAUGCAGGGAUAGACCAGAUCUUGAAACUGAUGUUCUGCCAGUCCUCAAAAGACUCAAUGAAGUUGCAAAUGCUAGUGUGAAAGUGGAAAGAUAUAAUAGUCACGCACCAAAUCACUACUUCUGUCCAAUCCUACAGGAAAUAAUGAGUGAUCCACACAUUGCUGCUGAUGGUUUUACUUACGAGUAUGAAGCAAUCAUGGCAUGGCUCAUGAAACAUAAUGUAUCACCAGUGACGAAGCUUAAACUGCAGCAUUCUAUGUUAACACCAAACCACACAUUACGUUCUGCCAUUCAGGAGUGGAGGUCACGUAUGACAUUUUCGAGUGCCUAGAUUAGAAGAAUGUAUUGAAUUGUGCCUCCAGCAAAGAAUUUCAAAAAGCUAUACGAAAUGGAUUGGGGGAAAUGCAAGUAUAUAAUGUAGUUUAGGAUAACUUAAGGUGCCUUUUGAAUUAUUACUAGGACAUAAAUUGCUUAAUUAUACCUUAUAUAAAUGGAAUAGUGAAUUUGUGUAUCAUAUGUAUACCUCUGAUGAUUCUUCUAUCAUAAUGAUGCCCCGUCCAGGUAGGCAUCGAGGCUGCUCCUUUUGUAUCCUUCUGUUUUGAAUGAAUAAAAUUCUUAUUCUCAGAA